UCGCGCCCCGCGCCGACGGGCGGUGGACUGAGGGCUGCGCCCGCCCCGGGCGGCCCGCGCGCCCGCGCCCCCCGGGCCCCGCCAUGCCCUUCCACCAGAGGACCGUGGAGCCCGCGCGGCUGCGCCGGCCCGAGGCGGCCGGGGCCGCGGGCGCGCCGCUCUUCCGCUCGCUGGAGCAGGUCAGCUCGCACGCCCUGGUCCGCCUGCUGGCGCAGCUCGCCGACCUGUCGCGCUGCGCGGGGGACAUCUUCGGCGAGCUGGAGGGCCAGGCGGCCGCGCUGGGCCGCCGCAGCGCCGCGCUGCACCGCCGCCUCGACGCCCUGCACGCCGCCGCCGUGCGCCUAGACCACCGCCGAGUGAAAAUCCCUGUUUCCAACCUCGAUGAGGAGAGUAGAUGGACGGUCCACUACACGGCCCCGUGGCACCAGCAGGAGAAUGUGUUCCUUCCUGCCACCAGACCGCCCUGUGUGGAGGACCUGCACCGCCAAGCCAAGCUCAACCUCAAAUCCGUAUUGAGGGAAUGUGAUAAACUGAGGCGGGAUGGCUACCGAAGUUCGCAGUACUAUUCUCAGGGGCCCACCUUUGCAGCCAACACCAGCCCACUCUGCGACGAUUAUCAAGACGAAGAUGAAGAAACAGAUCAAAAGUGUUCGAUUUCUUCAUCAGAAGAGGAAAGACUUAUUUCCAUCAGGAGACCUAAAACACCAACCUCAAGUGACUUCUCUGACCUUAAUACUCAAACGAACUGGACCAAGUCACUCCCGUUGCCAACGCCAGAAGAGAAGAUGAGACAGCAAGCCCAAACGGUCCAGGCUGAUGUGGUUCCCAUUAACAUAACUGGGGAGAAUUUCGAUCGCCAGGCCAGCCUUCGGCGGUCUCUAAUUUACACAGACACUCUGGUAAGACGACCGAAGAAAGUCAAAAGGAGAAAGACUAUUACAGGAGUCCCUGACAACAUACAGAAGGAGCUAGCAUCAGGCACCGGCCAAGAUGAUGUCAGUGGUCACUCAGUGUACACCCCAGACCUCUACUCUACGCUGGGAAGGCUGGACAGCUGCCGGGCUGCGGGGCAGCGCUCGGAUACCAGGGACUCCAGCUGCCAGACUGAGGAAGUGAAGGUCGUCCCACCUUCAAUGCGAAGAAUCAGGGCACAGAAGGGGCAAGGCAUCGCGGCCCAGAUGAGCCACUUCUCCGGCUCCUCUGGGAACAUGUCCGUGCUGAGUGAUUCCGCGGGUGUUGUGUUCCCUUCUCGCCUCAACAACGAUGCUGGUUUCCACAGUCUUCCACGUUCUGGAGCAAGAACAAGCCUCCAGUCCCUCGAGCCACGGCUGGGGCCCCUGGGCCCUGCGGAAGACCUGGAUGGCGCUCGCCCACGCCAGAGCGGGAAGCCACAGGUAGAUGAGAACCCAGGACAUCUGGGAGGUGCCUUGAGGACUGGAGCACUUCUGAGGCCCAAGUCCCAGGAGCUGAGGCACUUCGAGAACGUCCUAAGCCCAGCGUGCGUGGUUUCUCCUCACGCCAGCUACUCCACCAGCAUUAUCCCAAACGCCACACUCUCCUCCUCUCCGGAGGUCAUUAUUAUUCACGCUGUUCACAGUCCAGGACAGCUGGACGGUAAAAUUACCAGCUCCUCUUCAUACAUGAAGGUAAAAUCCAGAGACCACCUCCUCUCCAGGCACGCUAGUAAAGAGGACCAUCAGUGUCACGGCGGUCACUGGACAGAGGGUCACCCCCCCGUUCUUUCUCAGGCCUUAGAUCCCCGUCCCCCCAGUGCAAGCAUGCUGUCGUCCCUCUGUGAUUCAGCGGUCUCUCUAAAUACUCCAGCAAGUCGGGAGAAUGGAUCCCAAGUCAUGACCUAUCACUGUAAAAACAACCUGAGCCUUCCAGCCCACUCCCAGGAUGUGGAUGGCAAGAGCGAGGCCAGUUAUUCAGGAAGCGGGGGGCACGGCAGCUCGGAGCCCUGGGAAUACAGCGCCUCGGCUAACGGGCAGGCAUCCCCACUGAAGACACAUGCAGCAACGCCUGGCUACUCCACUCCCGGAAGCAACAUGAGCAGCUGCAGUUUGGAUCGAACGUCCACCAAAGAUGAUGCCAGGUCCCUGUAUUCAGAGGAGCACGAUGGCGACUACACGUCUAUGCACCCCGACCCCGGACACGGAUCUGGAACCCUGUGCAAUAGUAGCGAUGGCUUUGGGAACCCCAGGCACAGUGUGGUCAAUGUUUUUGAUGGGAGAGCUCAGAAAAGCCAGGGGGACCGGCCACAUUACCAUGACAAAUCCCUUUCGCGAAACAUCUCUUUGAAGAAAGCGAAGAAGCCGCCUCUGCCCCCUUCUCGGACAGACUCCCUGCGCAGGGUUCCCAAGAAGGGCAUCCAGUCCAAUGGGCAGGCGCUGAAUGAGAGCCUGAUCGCCUCGCUCCAGCACUCGCUGCAGCUGAACCUCCCGGGCAAGGGCGGCAGCUCGCCCUCCCAGAGCCCCUGCAGUGACUUUGAAGAGCCCUGGCUGCCCCGCUCGCGCAGCCAGAGCACGGUGAGUGCAGGCAGCAGCAUGACCUCGGCCACCACCCCCAACGUCUACUCCCUGUGCGGGGCCACGCCAUCGCAGAGUGACACGAGCAGCGUCAAGUCCGAGUACGCGGACCCUUGGGGGUACUACAUUGACUACACCGGCUCGCAGGAAGACCCCGGGCUCCCCGGCGGGGCCUGCCCGGCCGGCAGCGGGGCCCCGGCCGCAGAGGAGCCAGUCCGCCAGGUCCAGGAGGGCGCCAGGACUGCGACGCCCCAAGUGCCCGGUGGCUCAGUCAAACCAAAGAUCGCCUCGCCGGAGAAGUCCCACAGAGUCACUUCUCCAUCAAGUGGGUAUUCCAGCCAGUCGAAUACACCCACAGCCCUCACCCCUGUGCCUGUGUUUUUAAAAUCAGCGUCACCAGCAAACGGAAAGGGGAAGACCAAGCCCAAGGUGCCAGAGAGGAAGUCCUCUCUCAUAUCUUCAGUGUCCGUCUCCUCGUCGUCCACCUCCCUGUCUUCCAAUACGUCCACGGAAGGAAGCGGGACAGUGAAGAAGCCUGAUUUGGUGCUGGCCUCUCCCCUCGCUACUGCUCCUCUUCCUCCUCCCCCGCCUUUAGUAGACUCCCCGGAGGGCUCUCUGCCUCAGUCUCCCCUUUUCCCCCCUCCACCCCCAGAAGUUCUCACUCCCUUCUGUCCCCCCACUGGCCAGGGCUUUCCCCCUCCCCCCAGGGCACUUAGCCCCCUUACCCUGGGUGCCUCGGCUUCCCUGCCACCUCCCUCUGCUUCCGUACCCUCCUCAGCUCCCCCGCCUGCCCCACCCCUUGACCCCAAGUUGAUGAAAGAUGCCAGGCCUUAUUUCAAAAGAUCUGGGCAGCCAGAAUGCUCCUGGGAGGCCUUUAGGCAGCCUUCUAGCAAGGAGGAGGGCAGUAGACCCCCCAUGCCCCUGAUAACCACUGAGGCAUUGCAGAUGGUACAGUUGAGGCCCGUGAAAAAGAACUCAGGAUCCGAGCAAGCACUGUCAUAUGAACAAGUAUCUCAGGAAAAACUAACUCCGGUUGUUCCCCAGUAUCAUUUAAAGCCAUCUGCUUUCCUGAAAUCCCGAAAUAGCAUAAAUGAAAUGGAGAGUGAAAGCCAGACUGCCUCUGUGACAGGCUCGCCGCCGACUCCUGCCAAGAGCCUGAGUCAGGGUCACCAGGACGGUGCAGCCGAGCGUGGCCUCCCGAGCCGCAGCCCGGGCAGCGCCCGGGAGCCGGAGGCCGAGCCCGGCCCCGGGGCCCUCCCGCUCCAGGAGCCCCCCGGCCCUUCACCCAGCAGGAAGCCACCCCCCAUUUCCAAGAAGCCCAAACUGUUCCUCGUGGUGCCACCUCCGCAGAGAGAUUUCACAGCGGAGCCCGCGGAGAACGUGAGCGGAGCGUCGCCCAGCCCCUCCAGGGGAGAGGCCGCCGAGAGUUGUAGAGCCGCGGCCGGUCCUGCGGAGGCCGGUCCUGGGGACACCGGCCCUGGCGCCGCGCUUCUCGAGGGAGGGGCCGCAGCACCCGCGUCCCCGGGCAGAGUGAGAGCCAAUGUCCCCAUGGUGCAGCCCGAUGUCUCGCCAGCCGCCAAGCAGGAGGAGCCAGGUGCCGAGAGCAGUGCAGACGGUGGAGGCAACGCGGAGAGCUGCCUGUCUCUACAGGGCGGAAGGCCCGGGGUGCCAGAGCCAGACACAGCCGCUGCUUCCUCGGAGGCCUGUGACUUCCUUAGGGAAGAGGGGAGUGAGGAGGUGAUGACCCCCAGCAGACCCCGGACCACAGAAGACCUUUUUGCAGCUAUCCACAGAUCCAAGAGGAAAGUCCUUGGCCGCAAAGAUUCAGAUGACGAUCACUCCCGAAACCAUUCUCCCUCCCCUCCAGUGACACCCACUGGUGCUGCCCCCAGCCUGGCCUCCCCAAAGCAAGUGGGGUCAAUUCAGAGAAGUGUCCGUAAGAGCAGCACCAGCAGCGACAACUUCAAAGCUCUGCUGCUAAAAAAGGGGAGUCGGUCAGACACCAGUGCCCGCAUGUCUGCAGCCGAGAUGCUGAAGAACACAGACCCUAGAUUCCAGAGAUCAAGGUCAGAGCCUUCACCAGACAUCCCUGAGAGCCCAUCAAGCUGCUCCCCAAGCAAGAACAGGAGGGCCCAGGAGGAGUGGGCCAAGAACGAAGGCUUGAUGCCUCGGAGUCUGUCCUUUUCCGGCCCCCGGUACGGCCGCAGCCGAACCCCACCUUCUGCAGCCAGCAGCAGGUACAGCAUGCGGAACCGGAUCCAGAGCAGCCCCAUGACCGUCAUAUCGGAAGGCGAAGGGGAAGCCUUGGAGCCUGUAGACACCCGGGCUCGGCGGGCCCUGGGUGCUGCAAGGGACUGCUCACUGGAUGGACUGGUGGGGGGCGAAAUGGACAAGGGCAGCCUGCUCGGUGGUGGGGAGCCCGCUGCCUCACCGCAGGCACAGGGUCCUGACCCCGUGGAUGGGACAGUCAGUGCCGAGGGCACAGGUCCAUCAGAACGAUGUGAAGGGCCUGUGGGCGAAGAGAGCUAGGGCCAAGAAUGUGAAUCUCCCAGGCAAUGUGAGGGAGACGCACAACACAUCGCUCUAGGGAGCCUGACAGGUACCUUCCCUGCCUUGCCCGUCAAUCCCACUCGGCGUUUGUGCUGUGGGCCUGGGCACUGCCAGCCCUGCAACAGAAGGGGGAUGUUAUUCAGGACUCCCAUGGCACUUGCCCUGUGGCUAAAAGCAAGUAGAAGCUUAACUUCUGAAAGUGCUUCCUGGGGAAGAUUUCUUUAUUUCCUCCCUCCUUUUUUUUUUUUUUGGGCUAAAUGCCAGGUGUGUGUGGGGAAGGGUAUGUGUGUGCCUGCAUUUUGAACCCCUUUAUGUUAAAAUGCACGCAUGCGCACACUCACACACACAUAGACACAACACACACACACACAAGUAGCACGUACAGAAACAGGAGAAGGAAAGACUGUUUAGCUGGGUAGAAAAAUGGAGUCUUCUGGAUUAGGUGGGCAUUACUUGAAAAGUAUUCUGUUUGGGGAAACUAGUGAGUUCCCGAAGAUGGGAGAGAGAGAGAGAGAGAGAGAACCAUUCCUUCUAAGAAAGAGGGGGUAGAUUUGCUGGUGCCCCUGCAGAGGACACGGGUACAGGCCCCGGUGUGCUUUCAAGGUGAGCCAUGUCAUGAUGAACCCAAAACGGUGGGAAAGGGCUAAAUGACUAAUGGGUUCAGGUACUUUUUUCUGGGGGAAAAAAGGCUUGGUUUCUUUUUUGUGAAAAUGACAAACGUGGGGAUGUGGCAAGGCGGUAUCUUGGAGCCCUGCUAGGGGGCAGCCACAGAAGACACACACCUUCUAGCCUGAGUUUUAGACAUGUGUACGAGUUUCUCAUGAAUUUCUUCCUCGAGUAGCUGCCGAGGCCUUCCUUGAGAACGAAGAGGACAGUGUGCAUGCACAGAGAGGGUGAGCAGGGAGAGAGGGGAAGGGGGUAAGUGGUAACGCUGCUGGGAGCUGUUUCCUGCUUAUGAAAUAAACGUAUUUUUCAGAAUUCCAUUUGGAAACUUGCACUACAGAACUGUGGGUGGAGAUUUCCCGUUUACAGAUAUUUUUACCAGAGUGUAAACUUGCAUUUGGCCAUUUCUUACCACUUGAAAUGUCAACAUUUGCUAACUUUUUUGGAUAUCCUUUUGGUGACACCAAAGAGAAAGGCAUGGCUAUUUUUCCUUGACCUGCCUACAGUAUCAUGUCCUCAUUUAGAAAGGUUUAUCAGAAUCAAUUAUAUAUUAUCCUACUCUGAAGAAAAUGCUGAAUAGCUCUUGUUAGUGAAAUACACUAAUAAAAAUUGGAAGGGCUUGGCUCUUAAUUAGCCAUGGGAAAUGAGUUUUUAGAUUAAAAAGAUUUUUUGCAUCAUUUGGUUUGUGAGUUUUUAUUAUUUUUUUAUAAGUAACUGAGUUGGCUAAUUACCUUCUAAUCUUCUCCAGUUAGAAUUUUUAAUCCUUAGAGGCAUGGGAGAAAAGUGUGUGAAGUAUUUAUUUUUAUGUCCUCCUCUUGAGGCCCCCUCCCCCAUUCCUUCCCAGCCGCCGUGUACCCAGACUCCUUUGUUUGUUGGCUAAAUAAAAUAAGUCUUCUUCAUCAGAAGGACUUGAGAUGACAACACGGAGAUCCUUGGCCUGUGUAUAGUACAGUUGCCGACAGGCAUCUCCCUCCGUAUAAAAAUAUCAUCCAAAAGUGGGACCUCACAGGCCAGACUCUCAAAAGGUUUAUUACACAUCCCAACUUUAGAUUCCCAUUUUUGACACAUCUCUGAGACAAAAACAAACCUGAAGAAUGAAGGCGUCUUCCAUUCUCUGCAGAAAACAAACCCCUUCUUUUCCCACAGCCCUCAAUGACGGCCAAAGGCUGAAGGACGUUUUACCAUUUGGAGCUACUGUCUGCUGCCCUGGGCCCAAGGGUCUUCUCUUCUCCAUUUUAGAAAAGUGGUGUUGGCUUUUGAAUAUGAACCUCCUAGCCCCCUAAACCUGAUUAGAAUGUACGCGACUAUCAGACAACUUUAACUUAAUAUAUAAAUCAUUUAUGUCGAAGGUAAAGUAAAACAGCAUCAAAACUAAUUAUAAAAUUAUUUUAAAAAUCCCCAUUUUUAAAGAGAAACAAAUACUAGGUUUUACAAUUUGCUUUGAAUAAAACAAUUGUAAAGUAA